CAACCUCCCACACCAAUCCAUCAAUUGAUCAUCACCAGGCGUUUCAGAUCAUCAAAAGAUCCCUGGGAACACGUGAGAGGGUCAAAUCCAUACUCUCUCAUAUCCUUAAAACCCGUCGUCGCCUUGCUGCUGAAUCUGCAAGCGACCAUCAAUCACUCCCAGCGCUGGCGGUGACUGCCUUGGCCUGCUGACUCACGAAAGCUUGGGACAGUAACGUUCUGAAAUCAACUUCAGUCUCACUCUUUGACGCUGAACAGACAAGCGUCAUCAUGGCAUCAAAUGAGGAUUGUGCCUCUGUCCUAGAGUACUUUAUCCAUGAAGCGUCCAAUUUGCCUGCAGAAAUAUCUCACAUGCUUGAGGAGAUCCAGGCCAAGGAUCGCGAUUUACAAAAACUCAUGUCCGUCAUCAGCCAGAAAGAUGCAAACAUCCAGAAGCAUAUCAAGGCCAACGGGGUCCUCGCCCCAUAUCCCAAAGAAGCGGAAUACGCCGAACUAGCCAAGAAGAAUUAUGACUUAUCUACCGCUCUGCAAAAUCAAAAGGUCGUCUUAAGCGAAAAGGCAUGCAAUCUUCUUGAAAGACAGGUUAAGAAACUUGACAUCAAGAUUCGAGAAUUACAGAACGACGGUCAACUGACCGAUGGCCCUCCUAUACCUAGUGUUUUCAACCGCAAGGAGACGCAAAAAACACUGGCCGAGGUGCCACCUACUCUCCCACUCCAAAAUGCCUCUGUCAGUGCCCUGAAUGCCAACGCCCAUCGAAUCAAUUCCCACAUAGCUUCGACGAUGCAGCAAGCACAACCCAGACAGCUUCCACAAAUCUCUACCAACAAUACCCCGACACAACGAAGCUCGGCUCCUGCCACGCCUGCCUCGACCGUUCAACAACAACGACAGCGGGAACGUGAACAUUCUGCUGGUGCAGAUACGAAGAGACGUAAAUUGGGCAACCCUAUCGUGGGUACAAACCUUCCCGCUCAACCCAGCAACCUCCGCCAGUCGUCUCUCGGCCCUGGGACGCCAAAGGCGGGCACCCCUACAGCCAGUGUUCCCGGUCGGUCUGGGAGUAUCCCCCGUACAACCGCGACUCAACAAGCUACAGUUCCACCUAAGAAGUCGGGUCUGUCGAAGAAGGUGAUACCACAUCAACAAGUCAACAAGCUCAAACAGAAAGGGAUCAAUAAAGCAAGACUCUCUGUGGGCCGCAAGAAGGGACAAUCGCCAUCGGUGCGAGGUGGCCGGGGAGGAACCGCUGCAUCUGAAGAUGCAGAUUCGGUUUUAUCUUCGGCCGACGCCUCAGAGACGGACGCAUCACAAUCUCGGGGUCGGCGACGAAGCAAGAAACAAACGAUCGAAGCAGAACCCGAAGCUGCAGAAGACGAAGAAAUGGAGGAUGAUGAGAACGAAGACAACAAAUCAUACUGCUUCUGCAAUCAACGAAGCUAUGGCGAGAUGGUUGCUUGUGAGAACGAUGACUGUCCAUACCAAUGGUUCCACACCAGCUGCUUGCAAAUGAAAAAGGUGCCGGACGAGGACGAAGAUUGGUAUUGUCCCACAUGCCGAGAAAAGCCGGAGAUUAUUGCCAAGGUUCAGUCCAAGAAGAAAGCGCAGGGUCGCAAGUAGUACGGAGUAGCUACAGUAGUAGAUUAUACCCCUCCACGCCCUCUCAUGAUUAAAUCCAUAUUUCUCUCGAGAUGGAGAAUGAGAUAUGUUAUGAUAGACUCAUUGCUUGCCCAGAGUUCAAAAUUAAUCAUGGUUCCCUACGGAGUAUGCUGCUGUGAC